AAAAGAGGUGCCUCUAUUUGUAUUGGAGCUGUUGCUGUUUUGAUCAGAUUGAAUUGAACUUAUCUGUUUUUGCUCCAGUCUUCUUCCUUCUAUUUCUUCAACAUGCCUAAAUUCAAGUUUGUAUUUCAUUCUGUCUUACUACUUGUUGUACUGGAUAAAUAUUGAAGUCCUUACUCAAUUUAAGGCAAAAAAAGAAAAGAAAAAAAGAAUCUAUAUUGGGCCAGUUUUCCAUUGAAGUUGCAAUCCACUUUAUUUUUGUGUAAUUUGUUUGACAGUUUGGUUAGAUUUCAUGGAUACCAACGAUUGGAGGCAACUCUCGUCUGGUGAAUUCAUGACAAAGAACUAUCAAGAUACAUUUUAGGUUAUUGUACAUAUUACUAAACAAAAUUUGUGAUGGAGACGUCAAGUAAUGUAAUGCCAUUUAAAAUUAGAACCUAAUUUAUAUCGAUGCAUCAUUAAUAAACAAAAUUUAGAAGCUAAACUAACCUGAUUUCCCCUUACAUUAUUUGCUCUUCGUUCUCUUGUUGAAAACUCUCUAAACCUCUUAUAUCUCACUCUGGUCUCCAACUCCAGCCCCUGGUAACCUUUCUACUUCCCCAAUCUAUUGCUCAAGUUAAUACUACAAGUUGAACUUGCGGACAUGUUGGUUAGGCAAGUUGGUCAAGACAAUGUGUCCGCCUCAAGUUCGCAUCCCUUCCCCAUAAGUAGUUUAGAAUAUUGCUUAUAUAUAUAAGAAGAUAUAUUCCAAGUUCAUAUUUCUAUUCCAUUACUUCUAAAAAAAUAAAAAAAAUAAAAAAAUAAAAAAAUAAAAAAUAAAGGGAAACAGAAAAACAAGAAACUGCACUUUCAUUGAAGUUGCAACCCAAUUUUUUCGUCUUAAAUCUUUAGUACUGCUGGUUUGGUUUGGCAGAUUUGAUGGAUGCUGACAGGAUUGGAGGACCCAGUUUCUCCCAAGUUCACGGCAAAGAAUUGUCGUCAAGAAUCAAGAUAAUGGAUGCAAUAAGGAGGUAUCCUCCCUUCUCCUGGGACGGAUUAGAUGAAAUCAGAACUGCUGUAAAGAUAGAGGACAAAAUUUAUGAUGUUGCCUUAAGCCAGACGGAUUAUCUACGGACAAUUUCUCUAAAGAUGAUCAUGAUUGCGUCGAGGCCUGAGUCUCUUGGCCGAAUGCGACCAUCAAACCUGAAACGACGUCGCAUCCUUGCUAGAGAUUUGUAACAAGUUUUUUGACUUGGUCUUAUAUAAAAUGUAUAUAUCAAAUAAACUAUCACAGAAACUCAGCAGAAAAACGAAGUAACAAGAAGCAGUUCCUAGGCUAGUU